GAAAGUUCAAGUUUAAUAACCAGUCUUCGAAUGCGCGAUGGAUCUUUCGAAAAUUUUACUAGAAUGUCUAGAACCGAUUUUGAGAUACUUUUAAAUAUGGUUGGGCCGGCCGUAGUCAAGCAAGAUACAAAGUUUCGGAAAUCUAUCGACCCUCACAUCAGACUCGCUAUAACAUUGAGAUACUUGGCAACUGGCGAUAGUUAUGGUUCAUUGUCCUAUACUUUUAGAGUGUCAAAAUCAGUAAUUUGUCAUACUAUACCAGAAGUUUGCAAAGAAUUGAUAAAGGCAUUAAAUUCUUUUGUUAAAACGCCAACCGAUGUAAAUGAAUGGAAAGAGAAAUCUCGUAAUUUUGAAAUAUUAUGGAAUUUUCCUCACUGCAUCGGAGCGAUAGAUGGAAAGCAUGUGUUACUAGAAGCGCCACCCAAUUCUGGCAGUGAUUAUUAUAAUUACAAAGAGAAUUUUAGCUUAGUUCUCUUAGCAAUUGUGGAUGCUGAGUAUAACUUUGUAUAUGUUAAUUGUGGUGCAAAAGGGAAGUCGUCUGACAGUGGAGUAUUCCAGGAGACUACAUUUUAUAAAGCACUUAAUGAAGAGCAACUGAAUUUACCAGAUCCUGAGCCACUGGUCCAAGGUGGUCCGAAAAUACCAUACGUUCUAGUGGGAGAUAGUGCAUUUGCACUUUCUGAAAACAUGAUGAGGCCCUACCCCGGCAUUCAUGAAAAGGGAAGCUUAAAGCGGAUUUUCAACUACAGGCUGUCAAGAGCAAGAAGAAUUGUUGAAAAUGUUUUUGGCAUUAUGUCUGUAGUGUUUCGCGUAUUUCGUAAAGCUAUCCCAUUACGUCCAGUAAAUGCUGAAUUAGUUGUAAUGGCUUGCGUGUACCUACAUAAUUUCCUGAGACGUAAUACAACUUCAACCGCGAGGUAUACACCAAAUACCACAUUUGAUUUUGAAGACGCUGGUCAUAAUGUUGUGGAAGGUUCGUGGCGAAGGGAGUUGACAAAUAAUAAUAUGAGGAACUUAAGUAGGCAAGGCAGACCUCCUCCUCAAUCCGCUCAGACAAUAAGAAACCUCUUUGCUGAAUAUUUCUGCAGUGCUCAAGGAAGUGUCCCAUGGCAAACUAUUCAAUCAUAGGCUGCAAGAAAUUUGAAUGAUGUUUUUUAUAGCUUUGGGCUAAAGACCAAGGAAUAAAUGAUAAUAAACUUAGCAUCAUAUAAAAAAAACUACUAACUAAUAAGUUUUCAUUAUUUUUAAGUAUUUAUUAACUAUUAUUUUUUAAAAAUCUAUGUUUAAGUGACAGAAAAUCAACGUUAUUAGUAUUAUUAUAAGUAUUAUAAUUAUUCUUUGUUCUGCGUUUCUGAUUCAAAGUGGGAAACUAGUUCUUCAAUAUUCUCAAUUUGUCGUAAUUCUGUGAAAGUUGGUGCAGUUGGUGCUUCAUUAUCAUUAUUAACAUGAGAAGCAUUAGCAGUUACUAUAUCAUCAUUAACAGAAUUUGUCGAAUAGGAUGACUGUUGAGGAGCAGAACGGUAUCCAUAACUUUGAGUAUGGCUUGAAUUACUUCCCGUUUGGUAUUCUGCAUAGUUGUAUUUUCCCAUCCUAGCCUCUAAUAAGAUAUUAUUAAUAAAGUACUUCGCCUGUAGCACAGCAUGUUCAUUCUUUAUAUUUCUUAACUCAGAAGCUACAUAGUCGGCGUAAACUUGAAAUUCGUCUUUUGGUUGAUCCAUCCUGGCUUUUGCGCUCUUCAUUAUUUCAUAUA